AUGUACUUUGAAUGCGUGUGCCGUAGGAAACGGGCUGAGCUGAGGAGAAAGGCGGUUACAGAGAGAGGUUCCCCUCUUCCGCUUCAAGCAUGCGCUGCUGCGAUCCCCAUGUGUGCUACCAACGCGUGGGUGACGUUGGGGAAGGAAAAAGAAUUGGUAUCAGUUAUGGAUGAUUAUGGACUAUUAGGUUUGAGAAAAAAGACAAAGCACGCGUGUUCGGACCUCAUUUAUCCUGCAUGUCUGUGUAAGAAUCGGAGGAAGACUGCGAAAGGAAGAAGUAACGGCUGUUUGAAGCAGUUAGCCUCCCUGCACGCUCGCUGGCACGUCACAAGUACCACUGAAUGUGCAACCGGCAACUGCAAAACAAAAGCCGAUAGACGUGUUGGAAAAUCGGAAGUCGUUGAUUACUUCACGAAGGAAGCAGAUCUGAAUGCAUCGAAAGUUAAUCAUGGACAGAAGGAAGUAAAUAGCGAGCAUCAGGGCACAUCAGACAAGUUUUCGUCUCUGCUAGCGUCAGUAGGCAGUGCUGAGGAACUGUCCUCAGAAUCAACCUGUGCAGGCCUUGAAAAUCAGGACAAAGGGUUGUUACUAAAUGGUGCAUUUAAUGAGGAGGAAUCUGCAAAGUCUUUUCAGGAAGCUUUGCUUCAAUGGAGAAAAGGUUGUCGUGAUCACAGAGAACAACUGGGUGCCCAUGAGGUCCUAUCAGGAUCUGUGGGAAUUUGUGAGGUACAGACCAAUCUUACUGCUGCGAAGGAACCUAUCCAAGUUGAAUUCAAGAAGGAUGGCCUGAGCUACAUGGAGAAACUCUUGCUUAAGAAAUACCGAAGAACUCCUGUCUGUCAACUUUCUGGUAGUUGCGUUAAGGAUUUAAGGCCUGUGCAAACGCUGAGUGUACCUCAGGCUGUGACUGGAGGAGGGGGAGGAGGAGAUGAUGAUGCUGUUGAUGACUUAACAGCUGAAGAGGUGAGGAGAUACUGGACAUCUGUUUUUAGAGAGGAAGCACCCAUCACUGUUUCUGAAAGUGCAGAGUCCUCUUUGAAAAUUGAGUUCCUUGAUGAUUCCUAUGGCAAGGUUUUGGAAGAAUCAUCUAACUUUUUGGUGAUGGAAGCUGGGGCUGUGGGAAUGAAUAAGCAAGGAAAAGCUGAACCACCGAAGCAGUUUGGAAGUAGUUCAGCAGUAGCAGAUCAGAACAACAAAGUACCAGACCUUCUGCCGAGAGAAACCGUGGGCAAAAUGAGAAAGUCAUCUUGUCAUUUAAUUUCCACAGCUGACGCUCAAUAUUUUUUACCUUUUCCUCCUGACAGAAAUCCUGUUUCUUCUAAAGAAAUUUCUCAAGAAAAAAUGUUUGUCUGCAGUCUUGAAAGAAAUGCAGUGCAAAAGGAGAGUACUAAACUGAAGACUAUGAGAAGAUCACUUAGCUCCUGUAAACUACCUGAGAAGAUUUUGAGCUCUGCUGAACUAAUAAGCAACAAAUAUCUCCUUGAGACACAACUGCAGAAACCCAAUAAAGCUUCACAGGAACCAGGCAGCGUCUGCAAUAGCCAGAGUUUGGUUUUGCCUGUAAUUACAAAGUCUUCAGUGUUACAGGAUGUAGCCAGAAGACAGAAACCUGUUUCUACACAGUAUUGUGGAUUUGAAGGCUUCUUUGCCGUAGGUGCAAACUGUAAACAAGUAAUGCUUGAAGCAUGUUCUUCAGUGUGUGCUGACUCUAGCCCUGUGGAGAGUAGUAUCCUGUUUCCAGGAGAUGGGAAGUGGGUUACUGAAAGGAGCUUAAGGGAAUUUGCUGAUGACUCUGUAGUUCAAGGUGUCUUAGAAAGUUGGCUGAAUAGACCUUCGAGUGGUUUGGAGACUCACAGUAGAACUUCUCCCCUGAUGGCAGCGUGGAGUUCAUACCCAGGGAACGAUUCUAGAAGACCUUGGUCAACAAACAUGCGACGCUGUAAACUGACUGGAAAUGGUCCAACAAACACGCAUGGAAGACCAAAGAGUUCGCCUGUGGAUACGUGUCGAGUUGAUACUGAGCUAUCAAAACCCAAGUGCCUUGAUGUAAUGAAACAAGACGAGUGUCUUUGGGAAUAUAUUGCUGACCAAGAAGCCCUGCUUACUCUGGAAAAAGAAUUACAAAGUUAUACAGGUCCUGAAAAAUGUUACGGCUUAACUUCUGAAGGUGCAGCCUCCUCUGGCAGACACUCAGAGAAGAUACAUAGAAAUAGAACAGGUUUCCAUAAAAACCUGGAGCUAAAAAAAGGCAGCAGAUUUGACACUCUCAGGGGCUGGGCUGAAAGCCAAAUGGAUGAUGAGGAAGAAAUUCUGGAGGAUAAGCAACAGGUUCUUGCAUUACAGUGA